UAUCCGAAGCCAUGUUUCCUUCCCCUUUUCUUCUUCCACCACCACCACCUCCUCCUCCUCCUCCUCCUCCUCCACGUCCUCCUCAAUGGAAAUAUGAUGUCUUCGUGAGUUUCCGAGGCAAGGACCUGAGGAGAAACUUCAUAUCACACCUCUUCUCCGCUUUGAAGCAGGCCUCGAUUCGAUGCUUCAGAGACAACGCGAGACAAGACAUUGGAGAAGAAAUCAAAUCCAAGCUUUUCAAAGCAAUUUGGCAUGCGAGGUUUGCCCUAAUCGUGUUCUCCAAGAACUAUGCGGACUCAAAGUGGUGCAUGAACGAGCUGGUCGAGAUUCUGGAGUGCAAGAAGAGGUAUGAAAACCAUGGUCACCUAGUUGUUCCUAUCUUCCUUGAUGUAAAACCAGAAGACAUUUCGAAGUUGACGAGCGGAAGCGAAUUCGCUCAAGGUUUUGAGAGAUUGAGUGGAAACGAGAGAGACGAUGGGCAAAUACGAAAAUGGAGGGCUGCCUUGAUAGAGACUAAGCAUUUGUCAGGAGUCGACUUGAGGAAUGACGCCAGAGAGGAUGAAGGGGCACUCGUGGACAUAAUAGUAGACUACCUCGACGAGAAAAUCCGUGAAGCACGGCUACUCGACUUUGCGAGUAACGCAAUUGGAGUGGAAUUGCUGGUAGGCGAGGUGAUUUCUUUAAUCAAAACGGGCCAAGAAGAGGACGUGCGCGUCAUAGGUAUAUGUGGAGUAGAAGGAAUAGGCAAGACGAUGGCAGCCACAGUCAUCAGCGAGCGCAUUCGCCGCGAUUUCGAGUGUUUCGUCUUUCUUGAUAAAAUCGGAGAAGCAGAUCGCAACAGUCUAUUGGGCCUACAAAAGAAGCUGCUCUAUAAUCUCAUAAAGGUGGAAGGAUUGAGGAUGUACGAUGACAUUCAGACCAACAUCAACGAAAUAAAGAGUAACAUGCGCCAUAAAAGGACUCUUCUUGUUCUCGAUAAUGUCACCGGGAAAGAACAACUCAACUACUUCGGAGUCGGAGAGCGAGACCUGCUGUGUCGAGGAAGCAGAAUUUUGAUCACAACCAGAGACCAAAACUUGCUGAAAGAUCUCAAAGUAGAUGACAAGUAUAUCGUCACAGGAUUGGACCCGAAUGAAGCGCUCCGUCUCUUCUGUCGCCAUGCCAUAAAGAGAGAAGAACCUCAAGAAGGCUAUGAGGAGUUGUGCAAAAAUCUAGCUCAUUAUGCAGGAGGUCAUCCAUUCUCUCUUGAGAAGUUGGGCUCUUCCCUAUGCGGCAAGUCCAAACAUGAAUGGCAUAAAAAACUGGAGCAGUUGAAGAGAUGCCCUUAUGUCGAUUCGCUCUUCCGUUCAUUCCGGCCAGUUGGGCCAUUUGGAGGUCAAGGCGGUGAUGCUUUUGAUGACGGGAGACACACUGGCGUGAGGCAAAUUAGGAUCUUUGGACGGUCAGUUAUUGAUUCCAUCACCGUCGACUAUGACCUGAACGGGUGUUUUGUGAGAUCCUUCCAGCGGGGUCGAAAUGACUACUACACUGACUAUGCAAUGAGAAUGCGGGAUCUGGAAACCUCUCAUACCGAUUUGCUCGCAGACCAACUUAUAGGAAAGAAUCGAAACAACCUGAUGCCGACACGGGGAAAAAUAGAUGCCCUGGUGAGACUGGAUCAUCCAAGUGAAUACUUGGUAUCCGUAUCAGGCUAUAUUGAUGAUUUUGGAGGUCGUGAUGUUGUUCGGUCUCUCAAGCUCCACAGCAACAAGGAGACGUAUGGACCAUUUGGAUCCGAGAGAGGACAGGCUUUUGAUCUCUUGCAAUUUGGCGGACAGAUUAUUGGGUUUCACGGGAGAUGUAGCAGCCAUCUCGACUCAAUCGGAGCCCAUUUCGGGCCAAUUUCUCACACGUAUCCAUUUGAUGUCGUGGGACCAUUUGGGGGUAAUAGUGGUAUGGACAUUUGGGACGAUGGAAAACACACAGAUGUGAGGCAAAUUGUCAUAGGCUUUGAUUCGGCAAUUAAAUCCAUCUCUAUCUUAUAUGAUGACCAUGGGCGACCAGUUGGUCCGUUCACAUAUGGCCCAAGUGGAGGAGGAAAAACAUAUACGAUUAAGCUCGACCAUCCAAAUGAGUACUUAACAUCCAUCUCGGGCUACACUGAAGAAGUUUCCGGACUCACCAUUCUCCAAUCGUUGACAAUCCAUACUAAUAGAAGGGAUCAUGGACCAAUCGGAACAGCUAACAUAGGGAGGCAUUUCUCAUUCCCACACACCGGUGGCAAAAUUGUCGGGUUUCAUGGGAGUUGCGAUGGCCCCCGUCUCGAGUCCAUCGGAGCUUUUUACGAGCCAAUUGCUCAUACUCAUCCUUUUAAGGAUUUUGGGCCUUUUGGAGGUGACGAUGGAGAUUAUUGGGACGAUGGAAGAUACGUUGAUAUAAAGAGCAUUACUGUGUGCUUCUCGGACUUCGUUCGAUGUAUUGAUUUUGAUUUUGUCAACAUAGAUGGUUCUAUUGGACACACUAGUCAUGGUUCUCAACAAGUUCUAGAAUUUGACCUAACUACUGCUCAGGUUUACUUUGAUUACCCAAAGGAGUAUAUAACCUCAAUUUCAGGUUUCUUCACUGGCGUUAUCGUUUCGCUCACAUUUCGAACCAACCAAAGAAUAUGCGGACCAUAUGGUAGGGAGGAAGGGGCUUACUUUUCAUCACCACCGGGAGCUGGGAAAGUCGUCGGGUUCUUUGGGAGAAGUAGUGAUUGUCUUCUUCAUGGUCUUGGAGUAAGAGUCAAGCUUUACUCCAACGAGCUCUAUCCCUUCAUGUCUGUGGGGUUAUUUGGUGCUUUCGGGGAAGGCUCACGUUGGGAUGAUGGCAAUAAGCAUACCAAUGUAAGGAAAAUCAUCGUUGAAUUCGAACCAAGUAAAGGGUCAGAGGUUCGAUCGAUCACGUUUGAGUAUGAAGAGGAGGAUAGAGAAUUGGGGCAGUUGAAGACGCAUGGUGGCAUUGAUGACAGAAAGUUCCAUAUAGUACGAAACAUCGAAAUCCAUACGAUCAAAGUACAUGAUCCAGAUGAGUAUUUGACCUCAAUAUCUGGGUAUUAUGACAUGGGAGGCAUUACUUCUCUCACGUUUCAGACCAACAAAAAGACGAUGGGACCUAUCGGAGGCGAAAUCGGACGGCACUUCUCAUCUCCUGCAACUGGUGGCAAAAUUGUUGGAUUCUUUGGAAGAAGUGGUGAGCAUCUUGAAGCAAUCGGAGCUUAUUUUGAACCGAUCGCGCAUCUCUACCCAAUCAAAUCAAUUGGGCCAUUUGGAGGCCUAGGUGGAUGUGCUUGGGACGACGAGAAAUUCGACGUCUUGAGGGAGAUUGAGGUAAUGCACGGCGAUGAAAUUCGUUACCUUAUGUUUGUGUACGACAAGCAUGGGGAACAAAGUUGCUCAGGUAUGCACGGUAGCUACACCGAAGAAGAAGGGGUCAAGGUCACCUGGGUUAGAUUGGACUAUCCGCGAGAGUACUUGAUAUCAAUCUCUGGUUACGUGCAAGAGGACGUUGAUGGAGGCAUCGAUGAUGCUAUCGUUCGGUCGCUCACAUUUCACAGUAACAGAGGAAUACACGGUCCAUUUGGCAAGGAGUCGGGGAAGUACUUUUGGUAUCCAUCAACCGAAAGCAGAAUCAUCGGCUUUUACGGAAGGAGCAGGGAGACUCUCAAUUCUAUAGGAGUGUAUGCGGAGCCCAUACCGCACUUGUAUCCUUUUAAGACCGUUGGACCCUUUGGAGGCUCUGGUGAUUUUCAAUGGGAUGAUGGAGCACAAAGUGAUGUGAGGGCAUUUGAGAUCAGUUUCGGCGACGUAAUUCACUCCAUCAAGAUUGAUUACGACGGCGAUGGUUCCUUCUGCGGACGCCAUGGUUAUGGCCGUGGUUACGGGCCGCUAAGCGCCUCGGUCAAUCUGGAUUAUCCCAAGGAGCGUCUAGUUUCGGUAUCAGGCUGCAUGAGCGAACGUGGGAACACUCCACAGGCACAAGUUUUCAUCCACAACUUGAGCAUACACACCACGAAGACCACUUAUGGACCGUUCGGAUCAGAGGACGCUCUCGGAGGGUUAACGGGAUUUCGUAUCCCGCCGGCGUCAACCGGCGGCAGGAUUGUUGGCUUUUUCGGAAGUGGGGGAUCAUGUCUUAAUUCGAUCGGAGCGCGUUUGGAACCAUAUUAG